UUCGUAGACGAAGCCAUGAUGGCCCUUGCUGUGUCAGGCUACUUCUUUCUGACGUGGAGAGAGCCAGCAUUUGCUUGGAACCCACGUGAUUAUGAAGACAUUGACCAAGUCUUCGUACCGCCUUUGAUGUGGACCCCGAAACUGCUCAAUGCGAAGGAUCGAGAACGCCCCUUUGGCCCUGAUGGCCGUGGAAGGGAGCGCGGGGACUCUGACCGACGUCUUCUCCAGCUCCACCGAGUGGACGUUCGCAAAGAUGACUUUCAUCUCGGACCAGAUACAGAUCCAGGGUUCGUCAGGGCUCUCCUUCGUCAAGUUUAUGGUUCGGUUAGAGCGACAGUAUACAUUCUACAUCACAAACAUCGUAUUUCCGAUCAUAGGCACAUCCACGCUCACUCUAGCCGUCUUCUGGAUCCCGGCAGCUUCAGGAGAGAAGAUCUCCUUUCUCACGUCCAUUUUCCUCUCCCUGACCAUGUUCCUGUCCACGGUCAGUGAUAUGAUGCCCCGUGGGGCGGACAACCUCUCGAGGUUCAACACAUUCAUUGUGAUUGUCGUUGCCGAGAACGUUCUGGCUAUACUCGCCACUAUCUAUGUCAUGCGCAGAUAUCAAGAGGAGCAGGAGGAUUUGAGUCAAGUCCCACCAGCGAGUGUUGAAUACUUCCCUGACGACGCUGCAGAUCCCGUUUAUGAUUUAAGAACUGAUGAAGAUAUUAAAAUUCACCGACAUUUCAAUAGGCCUAUAAAUGAUGGGCGAUCAGACUUGAAGGUAGCGCUUCCUCGUGGGAAAGUAGCCCCCCUCGCUUACGCGAAUGAAUCUGCCCGUCGGAACUCUGUCGUAGAAAAUGACAAUGAGUCCAGUAGUAAGUCUAACUUUUCCCGCGUGUGCAGAUCUAUAUUUUUCUGCUUCUCUUGCAAAAAUCGAUACAGCUCAAAGUCGUUAGACCACAUCUUUUUUGUGCUCUUUUUAUUUGGAAACAUUGCUGCGCAUAGCAUGCUUGUCUGCAGCUUCGCUAUGAGGUCCGAUUAGAAUUAAUACUAAUAGGCCUACAUGUAUAAACUUGAAGUGGGUGAGCAAUAACCAACGUGCAUUACCGAAAGUUUUGCUAAACUUCUAAAUUUAAUUUGAUAAUGGUUUAGUACGGUUGAGAGCGGCCAGAUUUUCCGCUAUGGAGGGGCAAAAGCUACAGCAUUUUGGCACAAUUUUAUCAACCUCCAAACGGAAACAUGUUUGAUUUUAAAGUUAACGAUGGGUUCCAGUUUGAUCAAAACCGUGGCCACUAGCUAAUCAGAAGGAUUCAGCACAUUAUGUAGUCAGAUCUAUAGUUCGUGCGCGAAGUAUAUGAUAGGUCCCUCAAGUGUUUCUGUCUGCCUGUCUUACUAUUUCCCCAGCACAAAAUGACCAUUAUUGUAUUGAUGGUUUUUCU